AGCCGCAGCACAACAGGAUGGGCAUGGACAACACCACUGCGACUGGUCCACCAGGGGACAACAAGGCCCGGAUCUUGACGGUGGCCCUCCUGGUCCUCUACUGCAUCAUCUGUGUGCUGGGCACGGUGGGCAACGGCCUGGUCAUCUACGUGACGGGCUUCAGGAUGAAGAAAACAAUCAACUCUGUUUGGUUUCUCAAUCUGGCCAUCGCCGAUUUCCUCUUCACCUUCUUCAUGAUCUUCCCCACGGUGUCCCUCUCCAAAGACCACCGCUGGCCCUUCGGCAGCAUCAUGUGCAAGCUAAACGCCUUCAUCUCCGUCGUCAACAUGUUUGCCAGCGUUUACUUCCUGACGGGCAUCAGCCUGGACCGCUGUCUGUCCACGUGGGUGGUGGCGUGGGCGAGGAACAAACGCACCGUGAGCAAAAUUCAGCUGGCGUCCGCCUUCAUCUGGGGCGUGGCCAUGCUCUGCAGCACACCUUUUACCGUUUACAGAAAAGUCUUACCGUACGGGGGACACCUGGUUUGCGCGUUCAAUCCCACCGAGUAUCCCCGCUGGAGCCUGGGAGUCUUCCGCUUCUCCGCCGGCUUCUUCGUCCCUUUCGUCAUCAUCUUUUUCUGCCACGUGGCCAUUUAUCGUCGCGUGGGUCGGCUGCACAGGACCAAGAAGCGCAGAUGCAACCGGAUCAUCGUCACAGUCAUCCUCGCCUUCUUCCUCUGUUGGUUUCCCCUGAAUGUCAUUCAGUUAGUUGAGCUCAGCAGCGGCACCUCCGAUAGUCUGAGGUUGUGGGGCGCCCUGGCUGUGGCGCUGAGCUACUUUAACAGCUGCCUGAACCCCAUCCUGUACGUGUUCAUGUGCGAAGACUUCCAGAAGAAGCUCAGGCAGUCCAUAUACGUGGUUCUGGAGGCUGCGUUCGCCGACGAGCACAUGUCCUUCGCGUCGUCGCGCUCCCUUUCCUCGCCCUUGCAGUUCAUGUCCAGGAAGUCUGAAAGCGCUGAGACGGAGGAGUCCGCCGUCCGUGCCGGGACCGGGGGAACCACGGCCGGAUCAAUGAAGUGACGGGGCAGCAUUCACUCCACUGUCGAGAAGCACAACUUCACAGUUGUGGUUGAGCGCUUUUAUAUUCACCAUGCUUUUGUGUCAAUUUGAAAUGGUCACAACUUUAUGCUCUAUAUUAAUCGAGUCGUUAAAAAAAAACGGAGAAACGGUGCUGUGUUUGGUGCC